AUGGUGCGGGAAACGGCGUAUUAUGACCUCCUGGGCGUGUCUCCGCGGGCCUCCAACGAUGAGAUAAAACGGGCGUUCCGGCGACUGGCUUUAAAGUUCCACCCCGACAAGAACCCCAACGCAGGUGAAAAGUUCAAACAGAUCUCCAAAGCAUAUGAAGUUCUUUCUGACCCUGGCAAGAGGGAGCUGUACGACCGAGGGGGCGAAUCGACCGUUCAUGGGGAGGGCUUGCACCAAGGAGGGGGAUGCAGCCCCUCUAUGGAUAUCUUUGAUUUCUUCUUCGGGACCCGAUCCAGAAGUCGGUCUAGAGGAGAGAGAAAAGGGAAGACGGUCACUCAUUGCCUCCCGGUCUCCCUGGAGGACCUGUACAACGGGGCCACAAGGAAACUUUCUAUUCAGAAGAACAUCAUCUGCCCCAAGUGUAAGGGGUCUGGCGCCCGGCAGGCGUCGGAGGUCCGGUGCCGCAGGUGCCAGGGGACGGGCGUGGAGGUGCGUGUCCUGGGCCGGAUCACGGGGCUGGUGCACUCCGUCCAGACUACGUGUUCGGAGUGCAACGGCCAGGGGGAGUGCAUACGGCCGCGCGAUCGAUGCCGCAACUGCGAGGGCCGGAAGGUGGUGCGGGAGAAGAAAAUCCUGAGGGCCCACAUAGACAAAGGCAUGAAGAAUAAACAGAAGGUGGUAUUUCAAGGUGAAGGGGAUCAGGCUCCCGGCCUGCAGCCUGGUGACAUCAUCAUCGUCUUGGAGCAGAAGGAACAUAUGGUGUUCCAGAGGAAGGACGACGAUCUGGUCAUGAACAUGGAGAUCACUCUCGCCGACGCCCUCUGCGGGUGCAGGCAGAAGGUCCAGAUGUUGGACGGCAGGACCAUCCUCGUAACAUCGCAGCCAGGUAAUGUGAUCAGACCCGGCGACACCAAGCGUAUCCCGAAGGAGGGGAUGCCCAAGUACCGCGAUCCUUUCGAGAAGGGGGACCUCAUCAUCCAGUUCCAGGUAAAAUUCCCCGAACCCGGCUGGAUGCCCACUGACCGUCUGCAGGAGCUUCAAGGGUUAUUCCCAUCGCAAUCCAAGCCAGACUUGCCCGACAUCACCGAGGAUGUCAACCUAACGGACUAUAACCCAAGUGAGGACCACAGACGGGAGGCCUAUGAAGAGGAUGACCAUGACUCCUAUCGUCCCAUGCAGUGCCAAACCUCCUAAAGCAAAGGCUCAACAACGACCUACGGCUGCUUGAUGGAUUUAUUGAGGAAUCUCAACAAGGGU